AUGAGAAAACCCUGUUUUCUCAGCCAAGUCAUUUUUCAGCGUCUUGAAGAAUUGGACAUAUUAGAUUUAAAAAGUGAAGAUGCUACGUUAAAGCAAACAGAAGAUUUUUUCAUUGCAAAUAUUGAAGAAGAGAAACCACCAACAGCUUUGAUAAUUUUCCAUUACUAUGUAUUAAAAAAAAUCAAGCAACUCGGUUUCAAAAUUGAUAGUUCUGAUUUAUCAAAAUCUGUCGCUGAAAAAUGGAAAUCAUUAUCUCAAGAACAAAAAGAAAUAUUUGAGAAUAUCAAGCAAAACCUCCAGCAAUGUCAUGUAUCAAUUGGGCGAAGACGAUUACGCGAGAACAAUAUACCAAUAAUAGACAAAUAUGAACUUGCGAGCAUAGGUGUAUCUCACUACUGGCCCAGCGUCAGCUUUCACGAUAGCCAUAGAGACAUCAUUAUGGCGACAAAUACUAAUCCUCCUACUUAUCGUCGUCGUAUUACUUUAAGAGCGUAUGUGCAGAAAGAUGACGAAAAGGCAGCAGAGUAUGGAUAUGUUAACUCCAGCAGCGGGUACAACACUUCCACUAUUCUUCCUACUUUUUAUCUUUCUUCUCUUACUCUUUGUCUGGAUAGUGCUUCUCCUGUUUAUUCUAAAAUAUCAGAAGAGGUGAAACCGGUAAAAGGUUGUGGUCCUCUUGAUUUUCGUAGGCUGGAAGAGGUGAAAACGCUUAAGAAGCGAGAAUGUAAUGCUUCUCUUAUUAAUUUUCGAAAGUCACUUUGUGCUGCUCUAGCUAAAAUGCAUAAAAACAAUUGGGAGCAAUGUUUUGAGCGGUAUGGAGUGCAGAAAGAUGACGAAAAAUCAGCAGAGGGUGGGUGCGUUAAAUCCAGCAGCGAGAACGACGUUUGUUUUACUCCGCAUUUUAUUAAUGUAGAGAGAUUAUGGGGCUUUGCUUCGCAUAUUCAUAAGAAUCACUUAAUUCGCGGCAAUCUUCAUAGCGGAAAUAUUGUGUUCAUUUGUGAUUUAGGUUUAGGUCAAAUUAGAUCUUCUAAUGAUAGAGAUAUUAAAGGCAUCUGUGGCGUUUUGCCCUAUAUAGCACCUGAAGUAUCUAGAAGCCGAAUAUAUUCACAAAAGGCUGACGUUUAUCCAUUCGGAAUCAUGUCACAAGAGACUGACAUUUAUCCAUUCGGAAUGAUGUCGCUAGAAAUUUUUACGUGUGAAACGCCAUUCAAAGGGGGAAAAAAGAUUGGAAGUUUCUGA